GCGUACGACGCGACAGGCCAGCCAGUCUAGUCGAGAGAGUCGAUGUGAGGGGACGUAUAGCGCGCCACGCCACACUGUCCGUGUCCGUUGUGUUGUUGUCGGGCUCUACAGAUCUUGUGCGAUGGUACAGUGACUCUAGUGCUUUGUGCCCUUGUGGAUUACUGGUCCCGGUGGAGUUGGAUUUAUUUAAGAUGUGGCCCAGAACUAGGAGAGCGCGGGAUUAAGCAUGCAUGCUCAGUUAUCCCUGCCCUGGCUGCCUGUGUUGUUCAGCCUACAAGUCACCGCUUGGCUACAGAACACCCCGCCUAACAUAGUCUUCCACUACAAUGAAGAGCCGGGGGCGAGGUUUGUCGGCAACGAUACAUACAGAGACCACUUCACACUUCUGCAGAGAGAGCACACGUCAGUCCUCAUCGGAGCGAGAAACUACCUGUACAAUGUCAGUUUGGUCAACAUGACAGAGUUUGCGCACCAGAGGAUAUCAUGGAACCCCUCUGGUGCUCACCGGGAACUCUGUUUCCUCAAAGGCAAAUCAGAACAUGAUUGCCACAACUACAUCAGGAUAGGUGCUCGCGUGGACGAGGACCACCUGUUGGUGUGCGGCACCAACGCCUACAAGCCUCUCUGCCGAACUUACAGGAUAGGGCACGAGGGGGUGGUGGAGCACAAGAAGGAGAUCGAAGCCCAAGGCAGGUGUCCGUACGACCCCGCACACAACAGCACAGCUGUUUACGCAGAUGGACAGUUAUACACGGCAACGGUGGCAGACUUCUCAGGGCUGGACCCCCUGAUCUACCGGGAGCCUCUCAGGACAGAGAGGUCUGACCUCAAACUGCUCAAUGACCCUAAUUUCGUGAGUUCAAUGGUGUACAGCGACUAUGUCCUCUUCUUCUUCCGAGAGGCAGCGGUGGAGUACAUGAAUUGUGGGAAGGUGAUAUACUCGAGGGUGGCCCGGGUGUGCAAGAAGGAUAAGGGAGGCCCUCACCAGUUCGGAGACCGGUGGACAUCCUUCCUCAAGUCCCGCCUGAACUGCUCAAUCCCAGGAGAGUACCCCUUCUACUUCGACGAGAUACAGUCAACAAGUGAGGUGGUGAGCGGAACGUACGGCUCCACGAGAGCCGAGCUGGUCUACGGUGUGUUCACGACACCGGUCAACUCCAUCGGAGGCUCAGCCAUCUGUGCCUUCAGCAUGUCAGCCCUCAUGGGUACCUUCGAGGGGGAGUUCAAGGAGCAGGCCACAAUGAAUGCCAACUGGUUGAGGGUGCCUCCCUCCAAGGUGCCAGAGCCCAGGCCAGGACAAUGCGUCAACGACAGUCGCACACUGCCCGACGUCUCCGUCUACUUCAUUAAGUCUCACUCACUCAUGGACAGAGCCGUCCCGCCGUUCUUCAGCAUGCCUCUGCUGGUCCGCCUCAGUUCACAGUACAGGUUCUCUGCGAUCGCGGUGGACCCCCAGGUGCAGGCUGUUAGCGGAGAAGUUUACGACGUAAUGUUUGUUGGCACAGAUGACGGAAGGAUACUGAAGGCAAUCAAUGUCGCCAACCCUGAUGGGGAGCCGCAGGUGCGCAGUGUGGUUGUGGAAGAACUGCAAGUGUUGCGUAACGGAGACACAGUCCGCAGUCUCUCCAUCGCCAGGGUUCCCGGGCAGGAAGACAAGCUGCUGGUGGUCUCUGACGACAUUGUCAUCACCAUUCCCCUGCAGCGAUGUGCCACCUUCAAGAUAACCAAUUGCAGUGACUGUAUCGGACUGCAGGACCCGUACUGUGCCUGGGACACGAGGGAACGCCAGUGUGUGGCUCACAGCGAGAGCAACAAGAAGAAACACUUCCUGCAGAACAUUCCCAGAGGAGAGCACAAGGCCUGUCCUGCUCCCAGUAAGUCUACCGCUCACGUCAUGUCAGCGAUAGCCUCACAGCCCUUAGACGACAAGGAUAUGGAUGAGGAUAAGUGUCCUAAGUGUUCGGCUUGCAACCCUUCUCCCUGCACCAACUCGAUAGACAACAACAGCAUUGGAAGCUCGGAGAAGAUUGUGAUCUACACGGCGGACACACUCGGCAUGGCUGUUGCCACCUCGGUGUUGGCGACACUGGUAGUGGGCUUCGUCGCUGGUUACCUUUUCUCUCGUCACUUUCGCCACGACACAAACUACUCCAACAUGCCUCUUCACAGUCACCAGCAACUCAACAGGUUAACGGACAGUCAUCCCUACCCAGACGCGGGACUGAACCCGUCGUGUGCAAACAACAAACCCAUCAACCUCGUGCUCAACGUGCCUCCAAAAAACGCAAACGGUAAAAAUGCCAACUCCUCAACAGACAACAAACCCAUUCAGAAAGUGAAGAAGACUUAUAUAUGAUACGAGAAGUGACAGAACCGGAACCGGGAUCGUGACUCAGUACUGCCUUAUUGUGUCUCUGUGUAUCAAAUGCCUUCCAUGACCUAGUGACUUGUACAGUAACCGAGAACCGAGGACCGACUAAUACUCAAUUUGUGAUGUGAGACGAGGACCGAGCGUGCUCACGGCGUUCCAGUUGUACAGUUUGCAAAAGUGUAAUUAUUAUUAGUAAUAUUAAGUAUGCCAGUAGGUUAAGGAAAAGAAUAGUGAUUGUAAAAAUAUAAAUAGGAGAGAUUUUAUAUUAAGAAUUGCAGUAUAAGAUUUUUGAGAUAUUACAUUCCAUAAAGUAGUUGUUUUCUUCAGUUUGUUGUUAAUUGUAAGCCCACAAAAGAAGAGCAUAGUACAUGCUAGAAUAGGGUAUAACUAAGACUGUGAUUGUAAUUAUAUGUUGUUGAAAUCAAAUAUUGAUAACCAAAUUUCAAGUUUGACAUUUUUUAUGACUUUUAAAAAGGAUUUUAUAUUUAAAUUAGAUUAUCAAAGUUACAAAAGUGUGUAGAUAAGAUUGCUCGAAGCAAGGUAUUUAUUCUGUACAGUAAAAUAUUGUUCGUCCCACCCUUAAUAAUUAUUGUUGUCUACGUAUUAACGCACAUUUGUCUUCUUUAUGUACGUUUAUGUUUGUAGUGUUUUAAUGUCUAAAGCUCAGACAAUAAGCUAGGUUAAGUUUAGGUACAUCACAGGUAAAGAACAACUUCAGCUAAAUUCCUUUUUUCCGCACUUUAUUCUCGUCUCAGCUGUAUACUUUAUAAUAAAAUGAUCUCAAUUUAUGGUGGUCUUCUAAUCGCCUAUAGAGUUGGGGAUCUUUUAAAGGUAUAAAGGAUUUAUUAGCGUUUUAAGCAAUAUAUACCAGUUUUUCGCUCUCUGUAUAUAAUACAUAUAUUAUUUGUAAAUUGUUUUUAAUUUGUAAGUACUGCAGCUAUAUCUUUGUUUAAGCCUACUGUCAAAAAUGUUAAUCACGUAAGAUCAGUAUUUUGGGCUGAACCAUUUUAUUUUUGUAAAUGCUUUUAUACAAGAUAAAAUAAAAAAACAAUAAAAUUCUUUUUUAUUUAA